GAUAGAGUACUUCGUAACUACCAACCAGUGCAAACAGCGGAAGAACGCCAUGGCGCUUCCUGUGCUCGCUUCGGCUCCGCUGAACCCGGUCAUCGGCUUCGGGAAAUCCGCUCCACCGGCUCCUGUAACGCCUUCCGCACGCUUACGCUCGUUGCCACCUCCAGCUCCACUCCAGCUCGUCGUCGGCUCGCCCCCUCUGCCUCCGGCCCUUAGGCUCGUCACUGCAGCCGGGACAAGCACGGAGCAACUAGGAGACGAGCUUAAGGUGCUGGGGACAUGGAGGAGCCCAUUCGCUCUACGAGUGAGGGCGGCGCUCAACUUCAAGGGCCUACAGUACGAGUACUUUGAGGAGGACCUCGAGAACAAGAGCGACCUCCUCCUUGAGUCUAACCCGUUCAUCAAGAAGCUGCCGGUCCUCAUCCACAACGGCGUCCCGAUCUGCGAGUCUCUUGUGAUCCUGGACCCCUACGAACGUGCCAUGGCGCGCUUCUGGGCCACCUACAUUGAAGACAAGCUGAUCGCCCCGUGGUUGAAGAUGUUCAGAGGCAUCACGGACAAGGAGAGGGCUGAAGGGGCGAGGGAGACGCUGGAGGCAGUGAACACGCUGGAAGGCGUGCUCUCCAAGGGACAAUCGAAGCCCUUCUUCGGCGGAGACGAUGUCGGGUACGUCGACGUCGUGCUGGCCGGCAUGAUAGCGUGGAUGCAGGGAACCAAGGCACUUUGCGACGUCGAGCUCCUUGACACUGCCAAAACCCCGCUCCUGGUGGAGUGGACGGAGCGCUUUGCCCGGUUGGACGGCGCCGAGGCGCUUAUGCCGGACGUCGGCAAGUUGGUGGAGUUUGCCAAGAUCAAACGGGCCAAAAUGAUGGCGGCUGCAAACUAAUUAAGCUAUGCAUCCAUUGUUUAUGGCUAUUGGUUGUUGUCUCUCAAGUCUCAAUCUUAGCUGCAGUUUCAUGUAUUUAUGCAGAGAGCAAGACAUUAAAACCGUAAAAUAGAGAGACAAAUAAAUGGAUGGAACAUAUAUGCUUCUAUUUCUACAUGUGUGAUUCAGGCAACUCGUCCAUCCUUUUUA